AAACCCUAGGACCAAACGCACUCGACUCUUGUCGCUAGUCGCAUGCGUAUUUUCUCCACUCUCAUUCUCAUAGCCUCAUCAACUUCCAUUGGUCACCAUUUCCUCUCUCGACGCAGCACAUUUUCUCAUCUAUCAACCCUAAUCCACCACUCUCGGCCAAUGGCCACAACCGUAACCGAAGAUUCUCUCCGUAGAGCCGUAGCAGAGAAGCUUUCCGCAGUUGAAUCUCAAGGAAAUGUAGUCCGCGCUCUUAAGGCCUCCAAAGCUGCUAAGGCCGAAAUUGACGCUGCAAUUGAAUCUCUCAGCGCCUUGAAGAACGAGAAAUCUUCCGUCGAGAAGCAGCUUCAAGCUCUCGUUACUGGAACUGGCGCAGCUGAUUCCUCCCUUAACAGAGAAGCCUUCCGUCAAGCUGUUGUCAACACUCUCGAACGCCGUUUGUUUUUUAUUCCGUCCUUCAAGAUCUAUAGAGGUGUAGCUGGCCUUUACGAUUAUGGCCCUCCUGGUUGCUCCGUCAAAUCCAAUGUUCUCGCAUUCUGGCGUCAGCAUUUCGUUCUGGAGGAGAACAUGUUGGAGGUUGAUUGCCCAUGUGUGACGCCAGAGAUUGUCCUCAAAGCAUCUGGUCACGUUGAUAAGUUCACUGACCUUAUGGUUAAGGAUGAGAAAACUGGGACCUGUUACCGGGCUGACCACUUACUCAAAGAUUUCUGCAAUGAAAAGCUUCAGAAGGAUCUUAGCAUAACUGCAGAGAAGGCUGCAGAACUGAAACAUGUACUUGCAGUGUUGGAUGAUCUUUCUGCUGAAGAGCUCGGAGCAAAGAUCAAAGAGUACGGCAUUACAGCUCCUGAUACAAAAAAUCCCAUUUCUGAUCCCUAUCCUUUUAACUUGAUGUUUCAAACAUCAAUUGGCCCUUCUGGUUUGAGCUCUGGUUUUAUGCGCCCUGAAACUGCGCAAGGUAUCUUUGUAAAUUUCAAGGACUUGUACUACUACAAUGGGAAGAAACUUCCGUUUGCUGCUGCUCAAAUUGGUCAGGCUUUCAGAAACGAGAUAUCUCCUCGCCAAGGCCUUCUGAGAGUCCGUGAGUUCACAUUGGCCGAGAUUGAGCACUUUGUUGAUCCUGAAGACAAAUCUCACCCCAAAUACACUGAAGUUGCUGAUCUGAAAUUUCUGAUGUUCCCAAGGGAAGAGCAAAUGUCUGGCCAAUCUGCAAAGCAAAUUCGGCUUGGUGAUGCCGUUUCAAAUGGAAUUGUCAACAAUGAAACUCUCGCCUACUUUAUUGGGAGAGUUUAUCUCUUCCUAACUCGCCUUGGCAUAGACAAGGAGAGGUUACGUUUCCGACAGCAUCUUGCAAAUGAAAUGGCCCAUUAUGCUGCAGAUUGCUGGGAUGCUGAGAUCGAGUGUUCCUAUGGUUGGAUUGAGUGUGUUGGUAUUGCUGAUAGAUCAGCAUUUGACUUGCAUGCCCACUCGGAGAAAAGCGGAAUCCCUCUUGUGGCCCAGGAGAAGUUUUUAGAACCUAGAGAAGUUGAGAAACUUGUUAUAUCUCCAGCAAAGAAAGAGCUGGGCCUUGCAUUCAAGGGAAGUCAAAAAAAUGUUACUGAAGCAUUGGAGGCAAUGAAAGAAAAAGAGGCCAUGGAAAUGAAGGCCUCGCUGGAAAGUAAGGGAGAAAUAGAGUUUUAUGUCUGUACUCUUGAGAAAAAUGUGACCAUUAAGAAGAACAUGGUCACAAUUUCAAAGGAGAAGAAGAAGGAACACCAAAGAGUUUUCACUCCAUCAGUGAUUGAGCCAUCGUUCGGCAUUGGCCGGAUUAUUUAUUGUCUCUUUGAGCAUUCUUUCUACAUGAGACCUAGUAAAGCUGGGGAUGAACAGUUAAAUGUUUUCCGCUUUCCUCCAGUCGUAGCACCUAUCAAAUGCACUGUUUUCCCACUCGUUCAGAAUCAACAGUACGAGGAGGUUGCCAAAGUCAUUUCCAGGUCUUUGACUGCAGCUGGAAUUUCACAUAAGAUUGAUAUUACAGGCACUUCAAUUGGCAAGCGAUAUGCAAGGACAGAUGAAGUGGGUGUGCCAUUUGCUAUAACUGUUGACUCAACAUCAUCGGCGACAAUCAGAGAGAGGGAUAGCAAGGAUCAAAUCCGUGUUAGCAUUGAAGAGGCAGCAUUAGUUGUUAAGUCUGUGACUGAUGGGCUACAGACGUGGGAUGAUGUGUGGGCAUCCUUCCCUCAUCACUUGUCAAGUUCUACAGACACAGAGUGAGUUUUGAAUAAAGGCGAUGAGACUUUAGGUUACACUAGCACUUUCUUUACACAAUUCUCUUGAACAGAUGCAAUGUGGUAAUGAAAAUACUUUUAAUCUGUAUUUGGUUACCGAUCCUCGAACAUUCUCUGCAUUGUUCUAAUUGUUUUGGGACAAUAAUUUUACUAUAUACUAUGAAAUGAUGUACUUGGCACUUGUUGGUUUAACAUCUUAUAUGGUAAAAAAUCUUCAUCUUUUUCUUGUUA